UGCUCCUCUCACUCCGCUGCUCUCGUGCCGGCCCGUCCUCCACCUCUGUCCGGCCAGACACCAGACAGACCCCGCCGACUACCGGAGACACACAAGAGAAAAAUAAAUAUUAGCUGGGUCACGACGAGAGAGAGAAAACAGCCCUGACAUUUGUUGGUAGAAAAAUAUCGGGUCGCAUUUUUCAGUAGCAUCUCACGUUGUCCCAUCUAUUGACACUUUUUUGUUUUCACCUCAUCCAUGUUUUUCUAAAGACGAAAAACAAACUUUGUACGUUAUGGAAAGAUGUAAACAUGAGUCCGGAUACUAAACUUGGACACAAACUGCACCCUUCUUCUGAGCAGAACCAGCGGGCUGGGCACACUCAACAGGACCGUUAGGUUUUUAGCUAGCUAGCUGGGUGGGACCCGGACGACUUUGUGGAAAGAUACAACACAUUUCCUAAUUGCAGGCACUGUUUCACGCUUCAAUACGGGGGAAAACACCAAAGAUGCUGUCGGGGCUGAGCGACUGGUUCUGGCGGGAGCGGCUGUGGUUUCCGGAGGGCCUGGGCUGGGCUGACCUGGAGGAUCGGGAUGGACGAGUAUACGCCAAAGCCCACGACUUGUGGGUGGCGCUGCCCAUCGCCGUUGUGUUCCUCAUUAUCCGUCAGAUCUUUGAAAGGACGGUGGCCACACCCCUGGCUUCUCUGUUCGGGGUGAAAGAGACAGUGCGGCUCAAAGUCCCUCACAAUCCCACACUGGAGUCCUACUAUUGUAACAUGACCAAAAACCCCACACAGACAUCAAUAGCAAGUCUAUGCAAGCAAACCGGCUGUUCAGAAAGACAUGUGCAGAGAUGGUUCAGGAGACGAAGGAACCAGGACAGACCGAGUUUGCUCAAAAGGUUUCGAGAGGCCAGUUGGAGAUUUACCUUUUACCUUCUUGCUUUCAUUGCUGGCCUGGCCGCCCUCAUCGAUAAACCUUGGCUGUACGACCUGAAGGAGAUGUGGCAAGGCUUUCCUGUGCUGACUCUCCUACCAUCUCAGUAUUGGUACUACAUGAUUGAGCUGGGUUUCUACGGCUCUCUGCUCUUCAGUGUGGCUUCUGAUGUCAAACGCAAAGACUUUAAGGAGCAGAUAGUUCACCAUGUCGCAACAAUCCUCCUCAUCAGCUUCUCCUGGUGUGUUAACUACAUCCGUGCUGGAACUCUCAUCAUGCUGGUUCACGACUCCUCCGAUUACUUCCUUGAGUCUGCAAAGAUGUUCAACUAUGCUGGGUGGCGAAAUGCCUGUAACUACAUCUUCAUUGUAUUUGCUGCAAUCUUCAUUAUCACUCGACUGGUCAUCUUUCCCUUCUGGAUUAUUUACUGUACGUGGGUUUACCCAGUGACCAUGUAUGAACCCUUCUUUGGUUACUACUUUUUCAACGGACUUUUGAUGACUCUGCAGUGUCUUCAUAUCUUCUGGGCUGUCCUCAUCAUACGCAUGGCAAUCCGCUUCCUCACCCACAAUGAAAAAGUGGACGAUGAAAGGAGCGACAAAGAUGAAACUGAUGAAUCAGAAGAGGAGGAAGAGUGUGAUAAAAAGGACUUGAAGAAAAAUGGGCCGGUGCAGAACGGUCACGCAGUCCACAACAACAACCACAGCAAGACAGAGUGAAAGCAAACAAGUGUCAGGACGCAAGAAUGUGAGAUGGACUCAUAUCCCUCAGUAGGGGAGCAGGAGGGAGGGAUGAAGAGAGAGAAAGAAGAAGGGAUUUUGGGUUAAGGAGGGGGCCAGUCAUUCCCUCAAAACCAAGAACAGCAGGUAUCCUGAGGGAAUUUGACACUGUUACUUUUGCACUCACACACAUUCAUUCGUACAUUUAGAGGGCACAGAUCUAGCAGACGACAUACACUACACUAAGUGGCAUGGCUUUUUUUGCUUUGUCAUUAGAGAAAAAUGUAUAGUUGUCAAUGUGUGAUAUCGGUCCCAACAUUUCAAAGAGACAGGAGAGAAAAUGGACAGAGGAGAGAGGGGGGGGGGGGGGGGGGUGAUGAUGCUUCUUCUUUAGCUUUCCUUGUUCUGUGUGCCUUAGAGCCAGCUAAUGGCUGUUAAAAUGCCAUUUUUAAAAAGCUUUCUACUUUCUUCUUGCGUUGCUUUAUUUUGUUGCACCUUUUUUGUUUUCUAAUGAAAGAACAAAAGAGAAUGAAAGUAAGACAAUAGGGCAUUUAAUUCCAUCAUUUUCUGUCUAUGCAAUUACAUAAGUGUUCCGCUAUUGCAACGUCUUUGCACACACAUACAGUUGUUUCUUUUAUAUACUGACAUAAAUGGCAGCAGGACUGACUCUCCAAUGCGGCCUGUGCCAUAAAAUAGUCUGCCUAGUACUUCACUUUAAGGAGUAGAUUUGGUGUCAGUUUCUAAACAUCAAGAAAAUCAUGCUUUCUUCUUUUAAUUUCUGCUCUAUUUUUAAUUCAGCAAAGCUCCUUAUGUACAAUUCAUUCUUCCAAAAGAGAUGUCUGACCUGUAAUGGUUAUCUUACUUAGUUCUUUGCUGUUUGAUCAGAAAUACCCAGAAAGGAGUGCUCAGCACAAACACUGCAAUAUAAAUCACAGAUUCCUGAUGGUUUUGACGAAGCUGAAUGAUUUUCCUCUCUUGUUUGGCUGAAGCUGUUUGAUCCAGUCGAGUCUUGAAUCACGCUGAUGCUGCCACCCACUGAAAACCGAUGACUCAAUAAAAUCAUUGCGAAGGUGGGCUGCUUUGUUGAAAUACAGGAGUUUUACUAAGUCGAAUGGAAUGAAACAGAUAAACCGUUUCCAGAUUUUACAAAUAUGGGCCAGAUUUCUUCAAUUCACUGCCUUGUAGCCUGGGUUAUGUUUGUUAACCUGGGUUAGAAUUUUAAUUGUUGAUCUAACUGAAUGAUUUUAGGUAUGAGAGUGUGAAUGAAACCGGUUUUACAGGUAAUGUUACUUGAUGUUAAGGAGGUGAAAUACAUUCAAAUCUAUUUUUAGCAGUUAAUUGUUUGAGAAUUGUGAGGAAUUCAAGAAAUGAGUGUUGCAAUUUUGUUGUUUUGCUUUAAAGUUGUUUUUAUGUCAAGUGCCUUAUCCGUAAUGUAUAGGACGUUUUCUCCCAUCUUGUGUCAUGUCUGCUUGCUUUCUUUCCUGUCUCCACAUCACAGAUCCAAUUGUAAGACUAGCAUAUCCUCCACUGUCUCAUACAUCGCCCACUCCUCUUCUUUAUACAUUACCUUCCUUUCAGACUCACCCUCAUUCCACCGCCACGUUCUUUUUUACUAACCCCGACCAACCAGCAACCUCUCUUCCCCGGUGAUACAGAAGAAACAGCUGUGUCCUCAUUACAGUGUUAUUUUUUUUCUUAUUUUGUAUUUUUAUUGUUUAAUGAUGCCUAAGUAUUGUUAUUAAUAAUAAAAGCAAAGAUCAUGAAUCACAACAAAAGCACUUUUUUUGUGUGAAUUAUGUCUGCAAACAUCCCACACAGUUAA